AGCGAGGGAGGAGCGCGUGAUGGCCGGUGCCGCGGCUGUCGCGCUGUCCCUCGCUGCGCUGCCGGCCGUCGCCGCCGCCGCUCCUCCUCCUCCGCUGCCAGCUCCGGGCCGCCGCGCCGCCGCCAUGGCCGAGGAGGAGACCUCCAGCGAAGGGUUAGGAUGGUUAUUCAGCUGGCUUCCUGCCUGGUGUCCCACAUCGCUACAACACCUUAAAGAGGCUGAGGACAAAAUGCUGAAAUGUAUUGCAAGCACAUAUGACAAACGAUAUGUGUAUCUACCUAAUGGAAAUAAGAUAUGGACACUGUCAUUCUCUCCGGAGCUUUCACAUAAAACUCCGCUUGUUCUCCUGCAUGGAUUUGGAGGAGGUGUUGGACUGUGGGCUCUCAAUUUUGAAGACCUCUGUGAGAACAGGACCGUUCAUGCUUUUGACCUCUUGGGAUUUGGACGGAGCAGUAGACCACACUUCAACGCUGAUGCUCAGGAAGCAGAAAAUCAGUUUGUGGAAUCCAUAGAAGAAUGGAGAAAGGAGGUGGGGUUAGAAAAAAUGAUCUUGCUUGGACACAACCUUGGUGGAUUCCUGGCUGCUGCUUACUCAUUAAAAUACCCAUCAAGGGUCAAACAUCUUAUCUUAGUGGAGCCAUGGGGUUUUCCAGAGAGGCCUGACAAUGCUGAACACGAAAGACCGAUUCCAAUCUGGAUCAAAGCACUAGGAGCUAUAUUGAGUCCAUUUAAUCCAUUAGCUGGGCUGAGGAUAGCAGGACCCUUCGGAUUAAGCCUUGUUCAGCGCUUAAGGCCAGAUUUCAAACGAAAAUAUUCAUCGAUGUUUGAUGAUAACACUGUUGCUGAAUAUAUCUAUCACUGCAAUGUACAGACACCCAGUGGUGAAACAGCUUUCAAGAACAUGACGAUCCCUUAUGGAUGGGCAAAAAGGCCGAUGCUGCAACGGAUUCCAGAAAUGGAUCAAGACAUUCCUAUCACUGUGGUCUAUGGAGCACGUUCAUGUAUAGAUGGCAAUUCUGGCAGCACUAUCCAGUCUCUGAGACCAAAUUCGUAUGUGAAGACAAUAGCUAUCCUUGGUGCAGGUCAUUACGUGUAUGCUGAUCAACCUGAAGACUUCAAUCAGAAAGUGAAAGAUAUCUGUGAUUCUGUGGACUGACUGUCUCCUGUUCCUUAGAAAGUCAUGCCAUAGAUAACGUUUGAUAACAAUACUGUCUAGGAAAUCACUAAAGAACAUGGAGCUGAUGGAAUAGGCUCUGUUUGCACACUGUUUCUUCUAAGAAGCCAUUUGCACACUUAAACCACUGAGUGCCUUUGGGGGGGAAUAGGGAGAUUUGAAGCAAACUUUGUACAGCUUUGUUUGAGAUUGGUCUUUAGAUUAUUGGCCUGUCAGUCAUAUAUGAAAUUACAUGUAAUUUUUUAAACUGGAAUUUUCUUCAAAAUUCAAUUGAAUUUUGCACAUUAACCUCUAAAAAUGCUGAAUUCUCCACUAACACAGAGAACUGUAUCAAUAUAGGUACAAUGUAUAAAAUGCAAUUUGGUUUCUCUGUAAAUAUUCCUGGUUUUUAGUUGAUGUUUCAUAGCAAGAAUAUGAAAUUGCUUAUAUAUCUUAUUUUUGGAAUCCAGAACUCCAUAUACCAUAUUUUAAGAGGGUGGGUUGUUUUUUUUUUUUAAUCAUUAUUGGAGUGAUAACAGCUUAUGAAGCUGAUUUUGGGAGGACAGGGCCAAAUUAAUGAGCAGUGUCUGUCACUGAAAUAAGUAUGCUAGUUUGUAAAGAAUUGGGGCUCAGUACUAGGAAAUCUUUCUUCUGUUGGAUUUUAUUUCCAUUUAUCUCAAGGCAUCUUUUUCCAUCUGUGCAGCUUUCACGGAAGGCUCAGUUUGUAAGAGUCAAUGAUGUCACCAGCACUCAUGCUUCCCUAAAGAUUUUUAUAUAUAGAUUUCGGUGAUCUAAAAUGCAGAAGGUGGCUUGUUAGUUACUCCAACUAUUUUUAACACUUUACUGCAAGAUUUGUUACUAGCCUAAACCUAACAAUUGUAGGUAAGUUGACAAGAUUUUGAUUAGAGCUAGAGGAAGGCCAUCUGGAUAGUGAGCAUAAUUCCCUUUUUCUUUAGGUAGAAAACCUAGUCCGCUUUUUAGUAAAUUUGGGGCGGAGGAGAAGCAGAGGAAGAAUAUCGAUGUUCUCUAAUUGGGAACUACAGUAGGUUAGUGUAUUUUAGUUAACAUGCAGCCUCCUUAUAGGAAGGAUUAUUACUGGAAUGAACAAUAUACCACUGUAACAGAUUAUAAUUACAUGUUUUGGAGAUUAUUUAAUUAUCUAUUUUAAUUGAGUAUUUCAAUAUCAGAGAUAAUCCAGUCUCUGCAUCUUUUGGAAUUGUAGUUUGAUGUUAGUUCUUCACAUGCUUAGUAAAUUAUAUUAAGCAAAAUACUUUGUCACUUUAAAGCCAAAUUACAUGGUAGUUUGUUUUUUAACAAGUUUACAUAAGCUGUUGAUCUGCUUUUGAAUAUUGACUACUGAAGAGUCCUCGAUACUUUUAUGCAUAAAGAAUUUGAAUUAAUAAUUGCACCGUCUUAAAGCUUGAGUGGAACUGUGUGCAUUUUUUUUCUCAAAGUAAUGAAUUGUUGCACGUAUUUAUGACGUGGAAGGCAAAGAUACCUAAAAUAUUCAGAAAAUACUCUGAUUAUGUUCCCAGCCAAAUGCAAUCUUUCCGAAGGAGAUAUUCAUCUAUAUGUUGCUAUGUAAACAUCAAAGAGUCUUUGUGACUGCCUUGACUGGUAGCACUUAAUACCCGACAAGCUAAAGAUUUUAAUUAAAAUUAACUGUUGAAUUAAAUUACUUUUUCAAUUAGCAGACACCAUAAUUUUUAAACAAAAUGUUGGGUUAUUUUUUAAAAUCUCGAGUUCAAAAUGGAAAAUCAGAAUAUCAAUGAUAUUUUUGAAUAUAAGCUAUAAAUUAUCACCUUUUAGGUGGAUGCCUUCAGUAUGUAUUUUUUCACCCUUUUCAGUGUCUUAAUUUGUAUUUAUCAACUUAAAGAGCUGUUUUAACUGUGUGUAAAAACCUAAUUCAAAAGAAUAUUCUGAAUCUCCUCCAAAUAACAAAAGGUGAAACAAUCUAUUGGUAUUUUCAGAUAGCACUUACUGAUGGGAAUUCUAGAUUCCACAUCAAAAGAUGGAAGGGUAAAAAUUGUAUACUGAAUGUGAAUAUUGUUUUUAAUAUCCCUUUGUUUUUUCAGCCCAUUGUACUAAUAAGAUUUAUUGCUUAAGUUUUGCACAAUAAAAAUCUUAAAUGUUACCUUUGAUUAAUGUUAAAACAUGAUGUUUUUGUAAAAGUUGUGUGUAAUGAAGCCCUGGAAAUCAAGAGUAAUUAAUAAGUUGAGCUAAACCAUCCAAAAUACAUUAAAAAUACAGUAAUGCUUAUUUUCAGAUGUCUUAAUGUUUUUAGGUUUUCUUGUAUGUAAUUGAAACUGGCAAGCAUUUGUCAACACGUAGGUGCAAGCUCAGAAUGCUGAUUGUAUAUACAAAGAAAAUGUUUGUUGGUUAUCUUCCGGGCAGUAUUAGAUACUGCUGCGAAGGUCAAGAUGGAAUUCUGAAUAUCCUAUUGUGUGCAACAUAACCCAAUAAAGUUACUUUAAUAAACAUCACAAGAGGUGCUGAAGAGAAAACAAAUGAUGCAACUUCAGAGCUAGACCUUUUGGGAGCAAUCACUGUCUAGGAGUAAGCUCAGUUUCUCUGAAGUCAGUGCGAUGACCAGUUGCGUAGAUGUACUGUGGUGAGCACUGAACACUGGUGCUAUUUUUAUUACAGUGCUAUAAAGUACGACAAGAAUCACAAGCAUAAAUGCACCCAAAGAUCCUAUUCUAGCAUCAAAAUGAAGACAGCUGUGUACCAGAGGCUGGGGCGUAACAAAAAGAAUCCAAAAUAUUAAUAAAAAGCCAAGAUUAACUGUC